AUGGAGGACGCGGUGCCUGCCGGCGGGUGGACUGACGCGGAGUCCACUGGCGCGGGCGCGUCGAGCAGACCGGACGGCGCGGGCGACGCGCAGGGGUCGCAGUGCGACGGGCGACGGCUGCGAUUCUUCGACCAUGCGAUGCGCAAGGCGUGCUGGGAGAAGGCGGACGUGGUGCCUGGGCGACACCCGGACAGGUGGCGCAUGGACGCGGCGGGCAACACGGUGGGGCGGCGGUUCAACGCGUGCAUGGGGUGCCUGUGCUACGAGUUCGACCACAUCGUGCCUUACUCCAAGGGUGAGACGCACGUGCAGGUCGGGGUGAGAGAGGGGUGGAGGAGGGCGAGAGUGGUGCAGGGUCAUAAGUGCGCAGCAGCAGCAGUAGUGCGGACUGGCGGGGCCACAUCGGUGGAGAACUGUCAGGUGCUGCAGACGCGGGUGAACCGGUUCAAGUCAGACAAGGACCAGCUCUCACCACAGGAGUACUCCCAUGCCUCCUGCCACCUCACCCUCACUGAUACUUCACCCUCACCCCUCAAGUCCCCCAUUCUUCCCACCCACCUCUUCAUUUCCCCCUCUCCACUCCUCAUGCCACCCCAUCCCACCCCACCCCACCCCACCCCACCCCUCGCCUUCCCCUCCCCUCCACGGGCAGAGAGGGACCUGGAUCUGGUGGAGAUGGCGGUGUACGGCGAUGUGGUGCGCCCGGGCAUGCAGUGCCGCGUCACCACCGUCGCCGAGGCCAUGGGCGUGCUGCCCCCUGCCCCACGCCGCCGCCCCACCAAGCCGCAGCAGCAGUACGGCGCGUGCCACUGGCCCGGUGCUGCCAGUGAGCAGGCACAGGGGAGCCUGUCCUGA